AUGGGACAAUCUUCUUUCGGAUGGAGAACUCCAGGUGAUCAAAUUAUAAAGUUAGUAAACCCCGUGGUUCUUUUGAUCCAGAAUGUCUUAAUCUUUAUAAGAUUCAUACUAACAAAUUUGAAUUUAGUCUUCGAAACCGGACAAACAAUUGAAAAAAUGACAAGGGUAAAGAAAAAUGAAGACAUAAAAAUUUUACUAUGUCUAAAGGUUAUUCGUAGUAAAGCACUUCGUCAAUCAUUUCACACUGGAUCACAUAAAUCGCCAUUAACUGAAUGA